UGACGUAGCCGGAAGGGGAACCUUCGCCUGGUGUGUUGAUGUUUUCAAGCUGCUGGAGCAUCUGCUCUUGAGAGGACCGUCGGUAGGAGGAUGGUGUGCGAAAAAUGUGAAAAGAAACUUGGUACUGUUAUUACACCAGACACAUGGAAAGAUGGUGCAAGGAAUACCACAGAAAGUGGUGGAAGAAAACUGAAUGAAAAUAAAGCCUUGACUUCAAAAAAAGCAAGAUUCGAUCCCUAUGGAAAGAAUAAGUUCUCCACUUGCAGAAUUUGUAAAAGUUCUGUGCACCAGCCAGGUUCUCAUUACUGCCAAGGCUGUGCCUACAAAAAAGGCAUCUGUGCGAUGUGUGGAAAAAAGGUUUUGGAUACCAAAAACUACAAGCAAACAUCUGUCUAAAUGUCUUGAUGGAAUUUCUGGCUUUGUAUAAUUUUACUUUCUGCUUUGAGUUUUCAAGGCAUAAUGUAGUAAUCUGUUUCAAGACAGGUGAUUAAAGUUAAAGCAGGGUAGUUGAUCCUCAUUCUUUUCUUUUUAUGAGACAGGAUCUUGCUAUGCAGUUCAGGCUGGCCUUGAACUUGUGGCACUCCUUCUGCCCCAGCAUCCCAAGUGCUGGGAUUACAGGUGUUCCUCAUUCUUUCUUAUGCUCUCAAGAAAUUCUGAAUAAUGUAACUAGCCUUUUGCUUUAAGUGGUUAUUUUCCUUAUAAGCAUUUUAUUGAAAUAGAAUAAGUGACAAAUUUAAUGAAAAAAAUCUCUGAGUUUUCAAUGCACUUUUUAACAUUCAUAUAAUCCUUAUCCUCUUCAUUUACUUUAUUUAUAGAUAGUGAAAGAAUGAGGAGAUUGUUGAUAUUUUGUUUUGAACUUGGCAUAUGGACUUAGAAUUCUACCCUCAUUCCCUUAUUAUAGGCAUAGUUCUUUGAAUCAGCAGGCCCUUAAUUAAUUGCAGUUUCCUAAGGUAUAAUGAUUGAGGCCACAAUAGCUGAAUGGUCCCUUAGCAAUUAGUCCAGAUCCAAAUCAAAGACAAGUGGAAUUUGUGAUUUAUUUUAAAUUUGUUUUUGAAGCCAAAGUGCUAGUUCCUUUCCUUCGUACGUAAAUAACAUGCGUCUAGGUAAAUACACUGGAUUUCAGAAAACACAUAUAUAUGACCUUGAAUUUAGGUUAUCAUAAAAGCCAUGAGAACAGUGUUCAUCUAUGUUCAUGCAUAAUGAAAACGAAUCUCCAGUCUUUGGAAAAGCUCUUUGAAGUACAAAACAAACUUUUUUGUCACUUCUUCCCCAGCCUUCAAAGAAAUAAAUAGAACAAAGCAAAUAUAAAUAUAACAAACCUUUUUUUUGUAAUAUAAUGUAGACUGUAAAGAGACUACUCUGAAGUUUCAAAUGAAGAUUUUUCUUAUACUGCCUUCAUAGGUUCAGGACUUCUAAAACUUGUAGCCUACAGUAGAAAACCAGAAAGGUAUUCUCUUAUUUCCAAUUGCCAUAUGUAUAAAUAUGUGAUACUAUAAAAUGUGUAGACUACUGUAGACAAUGUAAUAACACCUGUUAUAGACUUUACAUUUUUAUUGUAAAAUUUUUUUUCUUUUUUUUUUGGUUUUUGUUUUAUUGUAAAAUUACUCUGAAAAGUAAAGUUUUAAUGGUUCAGUUUAUCGACAAGGUUUUUCUAGUGUUUUUAGGAUAUACUGUUAUUUAUGCACAUCUGGAGAGAUUGCAAGGAUAAUGCAAAGUAUAAUAAAUAGUAUCUUUGAAGACAAAAGUAUCCUCUCCUGCUUUCACUAAUUUGGGGUUUUUAAUUAAAAUCAUAACACAAGGAACUCAAAAUAGGACCUGUUCAUAGGGCGUCCCAUAUCCAAUAAAAAUUGGAUUGGUUGACUUUGAGAAAAGUACAUUUUUCAAGGAUCAGCUAGGACCUGGAUUUGCACAACUCACCUUUUGUGUCUACACCUUAAGUAGCUUCCUUCCCUGAGUGGGUUCUUCUCUGGGAAUUUUUGUUAGUAUUAUACCUCAGAACAGAAUAUAAGUGUUAGUAGUCUUCAUAUUAUCUAAAGAAUAAUAUGACUAUCCGAAAUUGAGUAAAGUAGCUACUAGGAUGAGAAGGAAAAUCCCCAAACAGAAAAUGAAUAUAAAAUACUUUUUGAAAAGCAGAUACAAAACCAGAAACUAUAACGAAGUAAGAUGUCAGAAUUAAGACCAAAUGUAACUUUUACUAAAGUAAAUGUAAAAAUGAUAGAACCUAUUUCUUGAAAUCUCAGAUUAUAUUAAAAUACUGGAAACAAAUAACAGUAGAAUACAUGUGAGUUUUAUAUAUCCAUUCAUUCAAGUAUUUAAUCACUAAAAUGAUAGAAUUAUAUGUGUGUGUAGAAGUUUGUGUAUACAUAUGUUGAAUACUAGAAGCUCAUACUGUUUUCUCUGGGAGAAACUUAACCCUUUCCAUCCUAUACCAAACUCCUAAUAUCUUUGAACACUUAGUUCUCCUAUCUUGAGAAUGUAAAGAUUUAAAGAAUUUUAGGAAUAUACAUAUCUAUGUACUUACAUACCUAUGUUUUGAGAAUUUUAAGUAGAAGAAUAAUGUAUGCAUUGUUUUGCACUUUGAUUUCUUUUUAAAUGUUUUGUAUAUUUGCUAUCAUUGUUUCUCCUUUGAUAAUAUAUUUUCUUGGCCCACUUGAGAAUAUGUAGCAGACAUCAUAUUCUUUGCUCUUUAAUACUGUGUAUGUACUUCUUAAGAGCAAGAAUACUAUUUUACCUAAGUAUCGUUAUCAAAUUCAGAACUUUAACAUUGACACAAUAUUUUAAUCUACAGUCUAUGUUCUAGUUUCAUUUGUCCCAUUGGUAACUUCAGCGAUAGGAUCCAGUCCAGAAUCAUAUUGUGCUGUCAUGACUAUUUCAUCUGGAACAGUUCCUCACCCUUUCUCUGUCUUUUGUAAUACUGAUGUAUUUGAACAGUGUGAGAUAGUAACAAAGGAGAAUAUCCUUCCCUUGGGUCUUUAGUGAUGUUUCCUCUGGUUAGAUUUAGGUUGUGCAGGAUGGGUGAGAAUACUAUACUGUAAGUGGCAUGUCCCGAGUUUCACAUCCAAAUGUCCAGAACGUCCCUUUGCCCUUUAUUUGUGAUGUUACUUUUGAUCACUUGGGUAAGAUGAUGUCCUGUGUUCACACUUGUAUGCUUACUGUUUUUCCUUUUGCAAGUAGUGUGUAAUUUUUGAGACCAUGUUGAUAAAUCUAUUCCUCAUCACACCUGCCCUUCCUAGAAUUAACAUCCUUUGAUCAUUCUUAUCUGAAUAAUUUCCCCAGAAUGUUUACCAAAUUGUGAUUUUUCUAACUCCAGUAUUCUUUCUGAAUUUACUAGUUAUGCUGUAAGAAAGAAUUUUCCCUCUAUCACCAGUUUAGAAUAAAUGCUUUUUUUCCUAAA